CCGGCCGGGCACCAGUUUGACAGCUGCCAACAAGCGAUCAAAGGGGGCUUUAUUUAGUUUGGCGCGCUUUCCCACUUCCACUGACACUUGUUUGAUGGGCUGUGUUUACUUCGAUCGGCGUUUGUUUCCCCUCUGGUACAGGCCAGCAUUCCGGUACCUCCGGGUACAGCACACCGCAGACAUUUAUCAGUGCUUUUGUUGCGUUUUAUUCCCACCCGGAACGAUGAGCGAAACGAAAGUGAUACUAAACAGUGCCAACGAUCUGCUGCUGCUCGGCGAGGCGAUCCGCAGCGUGCCGCUGAAGGACAUAGCGCAGGCCUCGCUGAAGGGACUGCGACGGCAGGAAAGUGACCUCGAUCUGUACGCGUUGCUCUUCACCGAUGCGAUACACCGGUUUGAACCGCAGGAGUUUGAGUUAGAAAUUUCCUGCACCAUUCUGCCGGAGCUGGUUGGCUUUCUUGAGAAGAUACAAUCGGAACUGCAGUCCAAUGCGCUGUCGUUCUUCUUCGUGGAGAAUCUCACCAUUCUGCUGAAGCUUGCCGACGUGCUGCAAAAGCUAGUGGAAUAUCUUGCGGAACGGGCGGAACAAUGUCAGCUGCUACGCUCGAUUGUCAUCUUUCCCGAGUACCUGCUGCGGUGCUAUACGAUCGUGCGGAAAAACUAUGUCACGAUGGCCCAGGAAGCGGAAGGGCUGGAUGCGAUGAAGUCAUUGUAUGCCGCUUGCAAGAAGCUUCUGGUUGCGUUUCUGGAGCUGCUGUAUCCACGGGAAGCGUGCCCCGGGCGGGGGAGCUACUUUCGUGCAAUGGAUCACGAUGAAGAGUAUGGUUAUCUGGAGAAAGGUAAAACGGAAAGUCCCUGCAUGACAGAGAUCGCUUAUUAUAGUGGACGAAAGUAUAAACAUUUUCAUUCUUCCCUUCUUCUUCAGUGUGUACUCCUGCUGGCAAGUGUGGCCAACGAAAUCAGCCCCAUCGAUUCGCUGCUAGCCAGUGAUGUAUGGAAGACGGUCGUGAAACUGUGCACCGAGCACGUGGAUCAGCUUAUAGCACGACGCAGAACGGCCUGCAUCGGAGAGAUAGUAACGAUCCUGAACAGCGGAAUUAAUGCUUCCCUUUUGGAUCUGCGCGCUAAAAACGAACCCACAAAGCAGAGCACGAUCACGCUGAAGCUGAACGCGUUCUUCUUGCGCGUGGUGCUGAAGCUGCUAAGCCUGGUCAAGCAACACGUUGACGCGAGUGUCUACACGCCCAUCAUCAGCACCGUUCUGGAGGUGAAAGCUUGCCUUCACGCCAAAACGUUAUGCACUGAGCUGGCAGCGGGCGUCGAGCAGUAUCUGCACAUUGGCUAUAUGGCUAUCGUGGAAAAUUCGUUUCGAACGGAGGCGUUUGCAAAGGCGUUUUCCCAGUAUGAGUGCCGUAAGGCGCAAGAAAUACAUUCCUACUACACCCUGACCAUGCACAUCGUUACCCAAAUUGUUACAAACGCAAACGAUAAUGCCCUGCUCUCCCUGUACUGCAUCCGUACCAACCUUUUGCAGCGCGUAUGCGUCUUGCUAAAACGAUCCGAUUCUUUGCUCUUCGAAACCCCCUCGCUCUACAAACAGCUAGUCGUUUACUGCUCAGCACUGGUGCUGGUCGGCGUGCGGUUGAAAGAUCGGGCGGCUCAAAAAACGAUCGAAGAAACACUGGUUCGAAUGAUCCUCCACGAAGAGCACUACCACACGGCACUGCUCGGCAUCGAUCUUUGGUCCGUGUUUGUUCGCUACCACUCCCUUAAACUCAUGCACAGUUACCUUCUAUUCUGGAAGGCAGUUAACGAUCGCUUUUCGAUCUUUACCACCCGACCGACGCAAGUGUACGUGCGCCAGCUGCUGCGGAACCUGUUUGUAUUUCUACCGGUCGCGCACAAAGAGCGACUGUUGGACGCUUUUCCCAUCGGAGAGAGCAAAAACGAUCGAUUGUGGGCCGCCGUAGGCCCGUUGCCGAACGAAAUCGAUGAAGGUAGAAGGAGACAGUUCACGGCGGGCCUGGAAAAGCGGCUUAUACAGUGCGUGAAAACGCUUCAGCUUACACCGGGAAACGUAAAGGUGUUUUACGAAACGCUUGGCUUGUUCUCCAUCGCCGGAGCAACGACGAAAUUGGUGGAUCCGUCGGUAAAGAGCUUCUGGAACGCGGCGCUAAAUUGGGAUGCGAUUAUGAAAACGACUCCCACCAGUUGCAUAUUCGAUUGUCUCGAACGAAGCGCAACAGUUUCGUCGGCCAAUUCCAUGUUGAGCAUCAAAAACGCGCCAAGCAUAUGCGAUACGAGACCAUUCAUAAAGUAUCAAGUCGGAAAGCUACUGCUCAAAGCUGAUUCCCUAACGGACGUGUCGAACUGGCUGGAAGUGCUUCUGCGCGACAAAAACGCGUUCGUGAAAGCAUUCUCGUUCCAUUUGCUGUCCAAGCUGAAGGACAACCAUACACCAUCCGUACUGCAGCUUCUAAACAAACAGCCGCACCUACAAUCACAGCUCGCCCGGUGGCACUCGAACGCGUCUGUGAAGCUUCCAACGAUAAAACCUCGUGCCAACGGAACGAUAACAUCCGUUGCGCACCGUUGUGCGCGGAAAGUUGAUCGCACGCGAGACGCACAGUCAAAUGGCGGCUUAACGCAAGCGAUUAACAACCAAAUCGAUGAACUGUUUCCGGACGACGAUGAUGAUCUUGAUGAUGUGGACAUGUUCGCGGACAACAGUUCGCAGACGAAGAAGCGUAAAUUUGAACCAACGUCCAGCGAGCAGCGGGGAGUCGAAGGUGAAGUGCCAGUUACCAAGUGCCUUAGAGAUUUGCAGAGCGCCACUGACCAGCUGGAACGAUUGGUUCCAUCAGCAAACCAUCGCCUACAAUCGUCGCAGAAAGGGCAGCUGAAAAGGAUAAUAUCUGCACUGACGAAAGUGCUCGACAGCUGACGACCGCUGGGUAAGGUAUUGUAAAUAUAUUUGUUUUAUUACAUGACAGAUGCAGGCAUGUUACAUUUAGCCAGUUAUUCUGCUGCUGCUACUGUAUAGCAUUCGGAUUUGGAUGAUCGUUAGCUGUUUGAUGAACAGAAGGCAGACGCAACUGAAAGAUAUGUCAGUUUUGAAUCCCUCCUUUGUCUCCAAUCUCCAACCGAAAAGAAGAAUAAAAAAGCUAACCAACUAUAA